CGCCCGGAAGUCCCGCCUUCGGAAAAGGAAGUAGCGGUGCGCUCGAACGCCAGCGGUGACCGCGAAGGCAACGGUGACCGAGAGAGGAGAAGGCGGCGGUGGCGGGCUAGCGGUUAGAGGCGGGGCCGGCUCCUCGGAGCGGCCCGGGACUGGAGUCAGAAUUGUUUGGAUUCGGCCUCGCGGUUCCAACCAUGGGUUUGUCUGCGUCUACCCCUGCUGUUGCAGUUCAGACCUCAAAUGCUUCUGAUCAUCAGACAGCAUCCCCGCCUUCAGGAUGCCCCAUGCAUGAAGGGAAAAUGAAAGGCUGUCCAGUGAGUGCGGAGCCACCUGAGCCAACUUGUGAGAACAAAACGAGCUCUGUGCCCACCCACCAGGACCGUGCAUAUGAGUACGUGGAGUGCCCUGUCACCGGCGCCGUGGCCGGCAGUAAGGAGGACCUGGACCCUUCUAACCUGAUGCCGCCACCCAACCAGAUGCCGGCCCCGGAUCAGCCAUUUGCGCUGUCUACGGUGAGGGAGGAGUCAUCCAUUCCGAGAGCAGAUUCAGACAAAAAGUGGGUUUAUCCUUCUGAACAGAUGUUCUGGAACGCGAUGUUACGCAAAGGGUGGAAGUGGAAGGAUGACGAUAUUAGUCAGAGAGAUAUGUACAAUAUCAUCAAAAUUCACAAUCAGAAUAACGAGCAAGCCUGGAAGGAGAUUUUGAAGUGGGAAGCCCUUCAUGCUGCGGAGUGUCCUUGUGGUCCAUCGUUGAUCCGGUUCGGAGGUAAAGCGAAAGAGUACUCACCAAGGGCAAGAAUCCGUUCCUGGAUGGGGUACGAGUUGCCUUUUGACAGGCACGACUGGAUCAUCAACCGCUGUGGGACAGAAGUCAGGUAUGUCAUCGACUACUACGACGGCGGCGAAGUUAACCAGGACUACCAGUUCACCAUCCUGGACGUCCGGCCCGCUUUGGAUUCUUUUUCGGCGGUGUGGGACAGGAUGAAGGUCGCGUGGUGGCGCUGGACCUCGUAACCACCGCUCCGUUAGCGAUGGGAAAAUACGAGCUAUUUUUUUCCCGAGCGAUACAUUAAACUCUUCCCCAAACCGAAUUGCUCUCGUGAUGUAAUGGGAAUGUCAAGUGGGUCGUGACACUGUAUGCCUAGUGAGGGUCCCAUGCACCGUGUUCUUUUGUUUUCACCUCAUAGUUUAUGCCAGAUCAUUCUAGGUUUCCUUCCCACUUGGCCUCAGUGGGAAGCAGUCCCUUGGGUUUUCCUUUCGCCGCAGUAUUGCCUGUGCAUUUAAUCUAGAAGAGUGAACAACCUCACAUGUUCAUGAGGAAGAGUAAGGAAAAAAGGGGCUCCCUUCCAAUUUUAAGAAAGAUUCUUUUCCGGAAGUUGUGCCGUCAUCCGUACGGUUUAGGAGCGCACCCUUAGGAAAACGCAGAGGUGUGCCCUGGGAACGCGCUCGGCAAAACUAAGGCGCGUCUCAGCUCCACGAAGUCUCGGUUGUGAGAAUCGCUCAGGCUGGGCCUUGUUAGAGAACAGUUUCAAGUCCCGCAUGAUUUGAUGAUGCGCCUGCAUUGGUGUAUGUGUUUUCACUUCUUAAAUAUGUCCAUUUCGAUCCCUGCCAUCCUGGCACAGAACUCCGCUCCCGCAAGCAGGUCUCGUUGCCCGUGACAUUGGACGUGUUCUCCCUGCUCCGAGUCCCGUGUCUUCUCCUGCCUGAAGCCCUCCCUCCGGUCAGCCUAACCCGAACCUUAGAGAUGGGGUGCAGGUCACAGCGCCAGGACGGUCCCUCUCGAAGACAGGAUCCUAUUCUGUGGAGUGUUAGAAUUCACAAGAAGAGUAUUUUCCCAGAUACGGAAUGUUUGUAUCAACUCACUGUCUCGGUGCAGAUUUUUUUUGCAGGGAGCUCUAAGUUUGCCGUUGAAGUGCUUUUCUGCCCGUGAUUCCUAAAGUGGCUGUUCUGCUUAGAGCAGCACGUUACUGUUCUCUUAAGCAUUGCCGAUGUUAACCCGUUUGAUGUACCUCGAAUCUGUAAUGUUAGGUUAGUGGAAGGAACUGGCAGUCUGCAGCGAUUCACGUGACAUGGAAUUUCUUGGUUGUGUCGGUAUUGUGUGGUGUUUUCAAAAUCCGACAGCUCUGAACUCUUCUACGUGUCAAAAUAUUUGUAUAUUUUAAAAUAAAAUAAAGCUGAUAGUUAACAGGU